AUGAGGGCAACUAAACAAGAGAUAGACUCUCCAAUGCAAGCUUUGGAGUCAUUAUGUCUUUAUAUGCGAGCUGAAGGUAAGGUUGCUGUUGGAAUUUGUAGCAUUCGCACCUUAUUAGUUACUAUAUCUGUGAAGGCAUCUGUCGUCAGUUGUUUUGGAGCCUUGUCUAAGAAAACAACCAAAAGUGUUGGCAGACAAGAUAAGCUUGUAACUGGUGGUUGUGGCUUUUGUCGGAGUGUACAACUAAUUCUCCUUCACUUUUCACGUGGUUAUGCAUUCAGCCUUGCUGAAGGGCUUCAUAUGUUUUCUUCUAGAAGGGAUAAUGCUUUAAUUUGCUCACUUCUCCAUGUCGCGGAGCUGUUCUUGGAUCAAUAUGCUGAUAUUGGUGAUAUGGUUGCGGCUGACUUAAUGGUUGCAUGGAAGACUGUUUUUGUUUGGUUUUCUACUGAGGCUCGCGUAGAUGAUGAUGUUUCCAAUAACUUGCAAGACAUCGAGUGCUUUAUAAUUUGGUCUCUAGUGACUUCAAAGACCGACACUGAUCAGGGAUUGUUGUAUACAUUGUCUACUAUUUCUCUUUAUAAAUUGAUUGAGAUUUAUUGCUAUUCCACUUCUUCUAUUCCAUCUUACUUUGGCCAGUUGGAUAACUUGAUUGUCAUAAGGGAAUCCCGUUUUGGUGAUUUGCAGCUGCACUUGGCUUUUGGGCAGGUGUUGGUAAAUGACAAGCUGCAGUCGGAGGAGAUGCAUGAGGGACUCAUUCUGCAAGCUGCUAUGGUCUCAAGCCCAGAUAAAGGAGGAGAGUAUGCAUGUACAGAUGAACUUGGUGUCAAAAUAUGCUGCCAGGCACUCAGAAGGGUUGGCUUGAGGGGCUCUAAUCGUUUAUACAACGGCAAUGAGCAGAUAGGUGGCGAGAUGAAAAACACGGUCGGGAGAUUGGACCUUGGAGGAAUGGAGGGUUUGCGCAUGUGUAGCGCGCGGCCAUAG